AUGAUCAUCCCCGUCCGCUGUUUUUCUUGCGGCAAGGUUGUCGGAGAUCUCUGGGAGCGCUAUCUCCAACUUCUUGAUGAGGGUAUACCCGAUGGUGACGCCAUGGAUCAGCUUGGAUGCAAGCGGUACUGUUGCCGCAGAAUGAUUAUGACUCAUGUCGAUUUGAUAGAGAAACUCCUACGGUAUAAUCCUACUGAAAGAGACCGGGCGAAGAACCAAAUAUGA